AGCUUUUCUUAGCAGCCCGCUUCUAACGGGACAACUUCAGGAUACCUCCGUGGUUCCUCUGCUUUGUUGCUGCCUGGAAAUGUGACCGUCCCCGGGACCUGGACCGAGGUCUGGGUUCUCUCACUUCAGUGACUUAACUUCAACACGGCCGUGGGGUCGUGUGUCGGCUAAUGGUCGCGGUCGCCAAAGUGGUCAGAGUUCAUGUAUCUACGUUGCUGUCAAAGCCAACUGUUCUCUGUUUUAAUUGCCACGAGGCGAGUGGUUCCCCCAGAUCUGUCGCAUUUCUUCAACACCACAGGAUAAUAAUAGAACAUUCCUGCUGCUGGUGAUGAAAAUGGGGAUGGUGGGACGGGGCCACCUCCAGAUGUGCGGCCCUUGCUAGGAUCCUCCUGGACUCUCCAGCUUCGUCUCUCUAUACGUCACCCACUUCUGGCUGUCUUCACUCUGCUGCCAUGGCAAACCACCUGGAGCUGAUCCAGGAGCUGCAGCAGCUGGACAAAGUGCCGAGCCUGGAGCGGCUACGGGCGGCCCAGAAGCGCCGAACCCAGCAGCUGAAGAGAUGGGCUGUAUAUGAGAAGGAGAUGCAAAACAAGAAGCGUAAAGCAGAUAAGAAGGGACGGAACGCAAGCAACCUCCACUUCCUGGAGCCCAAGAGGCGAGUGUCAUUCGCCGCCAGUGUCGCUCUUCUGGAGGCUUCAGCCAGAAACGACCCCGAUGAAGUCCGCUACCUGCUGAAGAACAACGUGAGUCCAGAUCUCUGCAACGAGGACGGUCUCACAGCUCUGCACCAGUGCUGCAUUGAUAACUACGAGGAGAUGGUGAAGAUCCUGCUGGACCGAGGGGCUAGUGUCAACGCUCAGGACAAUGAGCUCUGGACGCCGCUGCACGCCGCCGCCACCUGUGGCCACGCAGGACUGGUUAAGAUCCUCAUUGCACACGGCGCCAAUCUUCUGGCGGUCAACUCGGAUGGCAACAUGCCGUAUGACCUGUGUGAGGACGACCCGACGCUGGACAUCAUCGAGUCCGCCAUGGCCAACAGAGGCAUCACUCAGGAGAUGAUCAACGAGACGCGAGCGUCCACAGAGAGGAAGAUGAUGGGAGAUAUUCAGGAGCUACUGAGACGAGGGGACGAAGUCAACCAGCAGGACUCGCUGGGGGCGACGCUGCUCCACAUCGCGGCGGCGAACGGCUACGUCCAGGCGGCGGAGCUGCUGCUGGAGGGCGGUGCGCGCAUGGACCUGAGGGACUCUGACGGAUGGCAGCCUCUGCACGCUGCAGCCUGCUGGGGUCAGAUGCACGUUGCUGAGCUGCUUGUGUCUCAUGGAGCGAGUCUAAACGCCAAGACCUUCCUGGAGGAGACCCCCAUCGACCUGUGUGAGGAUGAGGAGUUCCGCACCAUCCUACUGGACCUCAAACAAAAACACGACAUCAUCAUGAAGUCGCAGCUCAAGCAUAAGACGUCACUGUGUCGGAGGACGUCCAGCGCAGGCAGCCGCGGGAAAGUGGUGCGUCGAGCGAGCCUGUCCGACAGACACAACCUGUGCCGUAAAGAGUACGAGACUGAAGCCAUCGUGUGGAGGGGAGGCAGGGAGGAGGACGAGGACCGAGAGAAGGAGUUGGAUCAGGAGACCAUCCAGGUGAAGCCGUCUCUUCUCCCGGAGCUCCUGGACAAGCCCACGCUGCCCACCAUCCUCAAAGACAGCAAGAACAAACACAAUGGCCUCAUCAAUACGACAGCGUCCGUGCCGCCACAGUCGCCUUCCAACGGCAACACGCCGACGUCAGACAGGAGCGUGGUCAUCACCACCCCUCCCACCCCAGAGGACACAUGGCCUCGGGAGCGAGCCCAGACUCUCUCUGAGCUGAAGAAGCAGAGGGCGGCCGCCAAACUUCUGAAUCACCCUUUGUUUAACGGUCACCUCGGUAACGGCUCCACGGACUCCUUCUCCGAUGCCAAAAUCAACUCGGACGACCCCAGGAUGCCGCUGGUCUCCUCCAAUGGCAACGCGGUCUUCUACACUCCGGCCAGCGGCGACCCGCCCCUGCUCAAACUGAAGCAGCCGUUCGAGGACGAGCAGCCCAAAGCACGGACCUGCUGCUGCGUGUCGUAGCACUGGAGUGACAGCAAGUGUUUGCACAGAAGUCAAGAGGGGUACGGAGGCUCAACACACACCCCAGCUUACACACACUUCCUCCUUGACCUUGCAGUGGAAAGAAAGAAGCCACUUUAUACUUCCAGAUUUGACUGAUUCGACUGAAGAAAACUGCUCAGGCCGUCAGCUGUUUCACAUUUGCACAUCCAAAUGGAAUAUCUGGAGGUACUGCAAAUCCCAAAAUGCGCGUUUGACCCGACCCGCUAAACUCUUGUUUCAGUGAAAGCCACUCAUGUCUUUUUACGCCGCAACAUAUCAGAAUCAGCAAAAAGUAGCAAACUGCAGGCUCUGCGGGAGUCGCUGCCUGCUGUAGUAAAGGGAAGCAACGUGGUUUAACUACCGCUCCAUGCCGCCGUCCCGACAUCUGAAACUGACAGAAUCUGUUUGUUGGAGCUAAUUUAAGCAAGUGUUUGUUGAAAAGAACGACUGUAUAUUUCCUUAUUUAUGAAAUUAAUGUGUGCAAAGCAUUAUUUCUUAAAGAGUAUUUAUUACGUGGGUGUAUGUGUGCAAAGAAGUGAGAAACAACCGUGAAGAACCGAGGUGAAGUGACAUGUACAUGUGUAAAAAACAGAAAAGUCCUGUGUUGUUGUGGGUCUCCUCAUCACUGACGUUGUGUCAUGAACUGAAAUGGUGAAUUACUGUACAAUAGUUUGUUUCUGGAAAUCCAGAAGAUUUGAAGCCCGCUCUUUUUUAAACUUUCCUGCCGAGCUUUUUCACGUCUAAUGAUGUCACAUCUCGACUUACUCAGUGUUUUUUAUUAAAUCAUUUGCACAAACUGUUCUGAGCUCAAACUUGCGUUACAUUUUAUUUUCUAUAGAAAAACGAUCCCUUUUACAGUGUUGAAUAUCACAAACUCAGUCACCUACUAGCAUUUUGUAAAAAAAAAAAAAUCAUAAUAAAUACUCACAAAUGUAUCUUAAAAGGACAUUCUAACUAACGUCUUCUUCGCUACGUUGCAGCCGUAUUGUUUCCUUGCACACUGGAGCCAUCUACCGGCUAAUGCAGUGCAACUCUCCGGUUAAAACAAAGAACAAUUUAGAAUACAAUAAAUAUGGGGAAACUAAAUUAUUGCCACAAAAUUUGCUACCAAAAAUGCCACGACCGAGUGAUGCUUUUUGGUGUAUCAGUUAUUUUUAGCAGCCAAAAUAAUCCAUGUUAAAAAAAAAAAGGACCAAAUAGAACCGUUUCUCUCCUUGUGAUAAUCAUCUGGUCAGUGCCAAAGAAAACCACUUUCGUUGUAAGAUUCUACUGCGGAUCCAAGUUGUCCGGAGACUUUAAAGAAUGACUUGUUCAAAGUUGUGAUCCUCAUCAACAUUUUAUCCCAGGUUUUUAAUAGCAGUGAAGCUGCAUGAUCAUGUUAAGCCUCUCUCCUCUCAGACUCGUUCUAAUGACCAAGAUUUGCCUUUUAUUUUUGUGCACAUUUACAUAUACACUCCCAGUUUCUAUUCACGAUCCCUCAAAUAAACGUACUAUUUGAAGUGAAUUCAGUUUAUGCAUUCAUGCCGUGCUUCCUCACUGGCCCUACAGUCCCAUCCUGAACUUUGACCUCAUCUGCUCUCCUUACAAGUGACUCACCUGUUCCAGACCCAUAUGGUGUGCUGACCGAGGCUUGUGUUCAUCUCCCGAAAAGAAAACUACUGAUUUUUGUAUUUACUGGAGUAAAGUCAUGCUUGCAUUAACAUAUUUUGAAUAAAGUGUAUAUUUUGGAAUUUUCA